AUGGGUAUACUAUCGGAUUCAGCUGCAUUGCAGUUUGCUGCCAUAUUUUUCAGUGCUUCUUUACCACUUAGACUUUCAAUUUCUAGAAGCAAAAAUUUGCCACCACUUGAUCCUAUCUUGGCUUUUCAUUCUUACACUCUUCUCAUCUCUUAUGUCCAUGAUCAAGAUUCAGUGCUGGGUAGUCAAGCUCUUACUAGAGCAGUUACAGCCAUUGCUGUUCAUGAGCUGUGGUUUCGUUUGGGUUUUAGUUAUGCUCAAUACAACAUAGAUGAUCAUGAUUAUUCAGUGCGUUUGAGAGCUGCACAGAAAUUUUUGAAAGAUGGUGACAAGGUUAAGGUCAUAGUAAACCUUAAGGGUCGUGAAAAUGAAUUCAGGAAUAUUGCUAUUGGGCUUAUUACACGUUUUCAGAAUGAUGUUGGGGAGAUUGGAUUAGAGGAGGCAAAAAACUUCCGUGACAGGAACAUCUUCAUAAUUUUGGUUCCAAACAAAGCUGCUGUGCAGAAAACUCGAGAACCACCAAAGAAAAGAGACAAAUCAGCUAAAGAUGAAGUCUCAGCCAGUGUCCAAACGUCGAAGGGGUCCAUACCUUGA